UGGGAGGUUUACCUGAGACAGUAACAGCAGAAACCUGAGCAAAGGAAUUCAAGCUUAAGAAGACAGUGGUUCCCUCCAUUAUGAUGCCUACAGCUGAAGGCAUGUCCAAAUUGAUACCCUGCCAUGUUCUGAGAGUGGGUCAGACCAUCUGCAUUGACUCUCCACAGGGAAAUGUCCCUCAUUCACCUGGUAUCUCUGAGCCAGAGUUUCACCUUGUUGACCAUGACCUUGACAUGACCUUGGAAAAUCUCAAUCAACUCAUACUUGACCUGGAUCCCACUUUCGAACCAAUCCGAAGCCCCACUUGCACACGUCCUCCAACAGUCUCCCUUUCUUCGAAUGACUCAGAUGGCGCUUCCCAUUGCGUGCUGAUUCCCAGAGGAUGCCCUCCACACUCAUCACCAGCAGUUGCACUUCCUGUUGUGUCUCCCAGUGUCCCCAUCCCCAUGCCCGGCAGCCUCAGAGGCAGCCCCAACAGCGCGCUGGUGUUAUCCAGCUCUCCCACAUCCUCCCUGCCACCUCUUCCAUUUGGAAGCGCUCCCAGGCGAAACCCCUCGCCGAAGAACGACCUGGCCUUUUCCCCAGGGUCACUGCGCCUGUCGGGCUCCAACAGGAACAGCGCCACCUCGCUGCUCUCCAUGUCCACAUGUUCAGAUACCAGCUACAUUUUGGGCAGCAACUUAUCUUUAAAUGAGGACCCCGACUCUCCAGAGUCCAUCCCGACUUGCACUCUCAGCACCUUCACUGAUGGCUCCAAAUGUCAGUCAUUUGACAGCAGACCCUCGCUCUCAAAGCAGGGUCAUCUACACAGCAGAGGAGCAAACAGCAGUCCUGCUUCGCUCGCCGGCUCCCAGACAGACAUACCUUUGCUCCUGAUCAAUGGCGCCCCAGAGUCAGACCUGAGGCCUUCUGGAUCAGAAGCUGACCUGGUCCAGAAAGUCCCUGCCUCUCCCUCAAAACGGAGGGGCUUUCAAGCUAGUUUCAGCGGCAGCCAUCCAUCCAUGAAAUUCGUCAUGAACACGUCAAAGUUCUGGUUUCGUCCGCACGUCAGCAGAGCAGAGGCUGAAGCCCUUUUAAAGGAUAAAGAAGCCGGGAUGUUUGUGGUGAGAGACAGCACCUCCUACAGAGGAAGCUUUGGUUUGGCCAUGAAAGUGGACCAGUCACCCACCACCCUCACUGCUGCCGCCUAUCCAGGAGAGAGCGGCUCAGAUUUCAUCAGACACUUUCUGAUUGAGUCAUCGGCCAAAGGCGUUCGCAUCAGAGGUUCUUCUCAGGAACCCUACUUUGGCAGUCUCUCGGCUUUGGUUUAUCAGCACACUCUCUCUCCUUAUGCGCUACCUUGCAGAUUACUACUAAAUUAUGAGGAUAUGGGCACAACUGGAGAGAAAGUGAAUGAAAAAGCAUCAUUGGAGAACAAAAGAACAGCGUGCAAUUUUAUCUAUCUGAAUGCCGUUCCCACUGAGAUGCUGACAGGUCGCUGUGCUGUGCAAAAGGCAGUGUCCUUGACACUUGAGAAGACACCCGGCUCCUUUGCACCCACUAUUGUGAACAUGAAGGUGUCCCUCAAGGGUGUUACGCUUACCGAUAUCAACAGGAAGCUUUUCUUCAGACGCCACUACCCAGCUUAUCUGCUCAGCUACAGCGGUGAAGAUCCAGACAAUCGACUGUGGUUGAAAGGUACAAGUUUUGGUGCGAGGAUGUUUGGUUUUGUGGCCAAAGGUGUUGAAGCUGGCAUGGAGAACGUUUGCCACAUCUUUGCAGAAUGUGACCCCCUGCAACCUUGCAACAAAGCCAUUGAGUGUAUUCAGGCUGCCGUACCCAAGCAGUAGACAACCAAACUCUGAUGGCCUCCCAUGACCCAUUUUACACUGUGCUGCCUGUGACUGACAUGCAGUGCUGGCCGAAAUAAAUGUCACGACUCGCUGAUAAGCCGGUCAAGUUACAGUCUCUGCUGGGCUCAAAGACCAGAUGAAGAACUGACUUAAAGCUUAACACGCCAGUAUCACAUCCUGAUCCUUAAAGUCCCACACAGAAAUUAAUGUAUUUUUAGCACAGGACUAUAAAAAAACCCAGAUGGAGUAACAAAUGAAAAAAGAUGACGUCUUGUGCUUAAAAUUUGUCCAGCUUGUAAAAAUGCUACAGAAAUGCAAUUACCUACCCCAGACAACAACUUUAAUACUUUUUUUUUUUAUGUCUUAAUGUUCCAGGAACAGGCAUCUUAAUUUAAUAUCAACUUGUUUGUCCUAUUUUGUGAUGAACUGAGCUUUGCAAAAAUAUUUAUACCCUUUAAACCUUACCACGGUCUGUUAUGUCACGACAAUAAACUCCGAUAUAUCUUAUUGGGAUUUUAUUUAUAAGGCCAACGCAAAGUAGUGGAUAAUUUUAAAUCGAAAAGUGCUUCACAAAUAAAUAUCUGAAAAGUAAAGCUUGCAUUUGCAUACAGCCUCUUUAUAUCGAAUACCUCCAAAUAAAACCCGGUUCAACCAACGGCCUUCGGCUGAUUUUUAAAAGCUACACAGUGUGCAGCGUCUAACAUAAUCUCAGUACAAAUGCAGACAUCCUGUUGAGGUUUCAGAGGUUUGUCAGAGAAUAUUAGUGAACAAACAGCCUCAUGAAAACCAAGGUGCACGGCAGACCAGUCAUGGACAAUUCUGUGGGGAAAUUUAAAUGUUUAUCUUGAGUAUUCAACAUUCAUUCUGGAGGAGCUACAGAGCGCCAUAGUCCAGUCAGGACAUUUUGUUGAUAAGUUAUAAGUUGCACAUUUCACAAACCUGACAGUCAUUUUGAGGUGGCCACAAGCCACAUAGAGAACUCAGCAAGUGUGUGGAAGAAUGGGCUCUAGACAAAGCACAAAAUGUAACUCUCUGGAUAUGCAAAAGAAAUUUGGUGAAACUGGAGGGAUGCUUUUGUUCAGCAAGAACAGGGGAGCUGCUCAGAACUGACGGAAACGUAACUACAAAGCAUUUCUGGGAUUCUUCUGACUAAAUGUGAACAAACGUCAUACCAGCUAGAUCUUAUUUGUAAAAAUCUAGAAAAUUAUGUUACAUUUCAUUCCACAUCCAUUCUGAUAAAAUAAGUUUGUGUUUGCAUUGCUACACCAUGUAACAGAGUAAAAAAAGGCUUACAGAUGCACAGAGUGUAAGAUAAUCAUCAUUUAAAGUGAUGAUUGAGUCCUGCUGAUUACUCAAACUGUUACUGAGAGAUUUAGACUUGAAACUCUGAUGUAUCCAUUAAUUUUAAGUAAAAUCUGUGCAGAUGCCCUCACUGUAUAAAUCUUUUUGAAUGUAUUAGUUGCUGUGUGCUCUGUAAAGAUAUUGAUUUGUAUUUUUUUUUUAACUGCAAUAAAAACAAGAUGUUCAGCAAA